GCAACAACACAGCGGAGUAGCAUUGGAUCCACAUCGUAUCUGAGCGGCGGUUCUGGUUCACUUGGCAACUCUGGAUAUCGAACUAAUUCAUCGUAUUUAAGCGGCUCCAGCUAUGAUACAAGUUCGUUCAGCCGAUACGGACUAAACUCUUGCAGAUCGCAUCCCUUUUAAAACCAAGAAAAGAACUAACCAACUAACUAACUCACUUGAUUAACUUGUACUCGACAAAUCAAACGAGUUAAGCUAAUAUAUAUAUAUAUGUAUAUAUAUCUAUAUCUAUAUAUAUAUAUGUAUAGUGUAUAUUCUCCCUAUAUGCGAUAACAAUAACGCAACGCAAAACACACAGAUCGAUAAAUGCAAAUGCAAAAAGAAAAACCGCAACUGUAACUGUAACUGUAAACUGAAAAUUGAAACAGAGAAACUAAAUUCGAUAUUGUUGUUAUAGGCAGGCGCUCCAAACAAAGUUCAAAGCAUCUAGAAACCGAAAACAAAAAAACAAAAAACAAAACAAAUAAGUAUAUGUAUACAUAUAGUAUUAUAUAUAAUAUAUAUGUGAAUUUCCGACAAAUUUUAGUUGAAACUUAGUAGUUUGUAAUUGCAAACAAGUCCAAAUGUGUGUGUGUUAGAUAGUAUUUGAGAGUAUGUAUUUUUGGUAAGCACUACACGCCUUUUCGACAACAACAACAACAAAACCAAAGCAAAAGCAAACACCAACAUUAAACAAGAAACGAAACGAAGCGACAACAACAGCAACAACAACAAUAAUACAAUAACAAUAAGACAUCCACUGAACGAUAAGCAGCGAGUGCGAUAAAUAUAAUACGAAGAGAGAGAGAGACCAACAAUCGAUCAACCUAUCGAGCGAACGCCCGACCAAAAUCGAUAAGAACAGCAAUAACAACAACGUCGUCGUCGUCGUCAUCGUCCGUCGUGUUGUCGCCGCAACAGCAGCCAACGAAACAAGGAGCUGUUGAAUGAUGUUAGACAUUAAGAAGAACAGAGGGUUCCACAAGAUUCCAGCGUCGAAACUGCAGCGCGAGGCAGACAAUUCCCAGCAGCAACAGCAGCAACGCGGCAACAUCAGUCAGACACAACAACAGCAGCAGCAACAGCAACAACAAAAACAACAACACGGCAAAGCAGCAGUCAAACAAUUAAACGGCAUACAAAGCAAACAAGGAGCAGCAGCCACUCGAAGUGUUGUUGCCAGCAGCAACGGACGUGCAACAGCAACAUCAACAACCACAACAACAACCUCGAAUCCAGUGCGUGCGGCAAAUCAGCGUUACUUUCUGGUAUCCAGCUACAAGGAUCCUAGUUUCCUGAAGGCCGAGUGCGAUUUGGCCCAUGCGCAGGUGACGCACAAGUCGACGCCAACAACAACAACCACAACAACCACGCAGGCGGCAAAGACGACAACGACGCACAAGCGCAACAAGACGUGCGACGAUCACAAGAAUAACAACAGCAACAGCAAACAAUUGGCAAUAGCUGGCAACAUUGGAUUGAAUGACAUGCGUCGACCGACGACGCUCAAUGGCAAUCAAGCGGGCGGGAACAGCAGCAACAGCACCAACAGCAGCAGCAGCAACAACGCCAGCAGAACGACGACAACAACAACAACAGCAAUAGCUAGUAACACAACCGUCCACAGAAUCGAUAUCAAAUAUAGUCAUAGUAACAACAGCAAGUCGACGCUGUUGGCCUCGAAGGCGGCAACAACAUCAUCAGCAGCAGCAACAGCAGGAGCAACAGUAAGCGGAGCAGCAAUUGGACGCGUUGUGGCUGGUGGCAAGUUGAAGCCGCUGACGCUGCAGUGCAACAACAAUCACAACGCUAUGAACAGUCACAAUAGCUACAACAAUAACAUCAACAACAACAGCAGCAGCAGUAACAGUAACGGUAGCAGCAGCCACAACAACAACAGCAACAGCAUGCAACGGCAGCAGCAGCAGCAACAGCAACACGAUGACAUUAGCUACAUUGAUAGCGACGAUACGCCGCCAGCAACAGCAGGAGCAGCAGCAACGACGGCAACAGUUGCUGCUGCGGCGGCAACAAGCUCAAGCCAAAAGGUGACGACGAACAGCAUCUGUUAUUUUAAGCCCAUAACGCCACCUUUGCAGCUGCGCAACAAUCAGCAGCAACAAAGCAGUGAUAAGCCAUUGGCACAACGUUCCUCAGUGCGUCCCAAAUCGACGAUCAUCUCGUCAACGAAUUCGAAUUUUGCCGCCAGCUACGAGAAAUUCAACAGCUACAAGCAUACGAAUGGCGAACGAUCGAAGGAACGAGAUCGCGAUCGUGAUCGCGACCGAGAUCGAGAGCGAGAGAACAGCACAGCGCGACGUUAUGGCAUCGAUUCGCUCAGCAUUAAGGCAUCGAUAGAGAAAUUCAAUAGUCUCAGCGAACAGAAACGUCAACCGACACCGAUGCGUCACUGCAGCAGUGGAGGCAACAACAGCGGCGGCGGCGGCGGCAAUGCUGCAAGUGUUGCAGCAACAACUGCAGCCGGAAGCAUGGCAGCAACAGCAACAGCUGCAGCAUCAGCGGCAGCAGCAGCAGCAAUAACUGUUUCUGGCGGCACCGGCAGCAGCAGCAAUCUGCAGCAACGUUAUUGCAGCAGCAGCGAUUUGGAGAACACGCGCAUUGCUGCCGGCUACACCAGCUCGUUGACACGUGCCGCAUAUCGAACGACGGCCAACUCAACGUCUACGACUGCCAAUGGCGGUGGCGGUGGCACAACUGCAGCGACAAUGACAACUCUGGCUAGUGUGGCGCCCAUUAGCAAAUCUGCGAAUCGCAUUGCUCACGGUUUGUUGGCCAAGGCGACGAGCAGCAGCAACGCCAGUGGAGGGGGAAGUGCAACAGAUUGUGCCAUGAUUGCUGUGAAUAAUGCGACCGUUGCUGCCACAUCCAGCUCCAGUUCGGGCAACAACAGCAGCAGCAACCACAAGGCGUCACGCAACGUCAGCAGCAGCUCUCGCUCCGUGUUGCCACCAGUCUCGCCAACAUCUAGCCGCUAUUGGGAUCGGGACAGCACUCGGAGCAACAGCAAUGCGACAUCUUCUUCCAUUGGCUCAUCGUCGCUAAGCACUAAGCAUAAUAGCAGUGUCGACGAUGGCUACAAGAGUUCCCGGGACGAAAAGUUCGAGGGUACAUGUGGUCUGCGAAACAUUGGUAACACUUGCUUCAUGAGCUCGGUAAUCCAAUGCCUGGGUCACACGACUGAGCUGACGCAUUUCUUGCGCCAAUAUAAUACUAGCGCACGUUUGACACGUUCGACCUCCAGGGAUAAAGAGAUAUUAUAUGAAUUUGCCAAGCUCAUUCAGGAAAUGUGGACGACAAAUGUGAACAGCGUGACCCCGAUGGGAUUGAAGCUUGCCUUCUCCACAAAGCAUCGCAUGUACAGUGAUUGCAGUCAACAGGAUGCCCAAGAGUUUUUGCGCUUCUUCCUUGACUCGUUGCACUCGGCACUCAAUACGGGAACGAAAGGAGAGCCUCUAAACAUUGAUGAUAAUCUCAGUGACAAUAAGAAGGCGGAUCUGACUUGGGAGUGGUAUUCGCGCAACGAGAAUUCUCUGAUACGCGACCUAUUCGUGGGUCAGCUAAAAAGCACACUGAAGUGCACAAGUUGCAGCAACACAAGCGUUACCUUUGACCCAUUCUGGGAUUUGAGCGUACCGUUGCCAUCGUCAUCGCGCUGCAAACUGGACGCCUGUUUGGAUUUAUUCAUACGCGAAGAGGUAUUGGAUGGCGACGAGAUGCCCACGUGCUCCAAAUGCAAGACACGACGAAAAUGCACCAAGAGUUUAACCAUCCAGCGCUUUCCGAAAUAUUUAGUCAUACAUUUGAAACGCUUUUCCGAGACUCGUUGGAGUAAGCUUUCGAAUAUGGUUGAGUUCCCCACAGGGGACCGUGAGCUCAACAUGGCCUCAUAUGGCGCAAAUCCAAAUUCUAAUGUGCAUUAUUCGCUGUAUGCGAUCUCCAAUCAUAUGGGCUCAACGGUUGGUGGUCAUUAUGUGGCUAUUUGCAAGCAUCCAGACUCCCAUAAGUGGCAUGAGUUCAAUGAUAAUAUCGUUAGCGAUGCCCUUUCUGAAAGCUGUCUCGUUUCACCCAGUGCCUAUAUUUUAUUUUACGAACGAGCGUAAGGCUAACUCUCCUACUCCUCUCCCCAACAAGCAAAGAAGAAACUGCAGCUGAACAAUUGCAAUACUAUACUAUCAACGACAACAACAACUACAACUACAACAUAAAUAAAUAACAAACUCAGCAAUCAUCACAAACAAUAAAACCGCAUCAAGCAAACAAGCAACUGCAGCGAGAAGAACAAAUUGCAAAGAAAAUGAAAAUGAAAAACAGCUUAGCAAACAUUUCGUAGAAUUUUUGCAAUUGUGCGUAUAAAUAUUAACUAACUUUUAACUCAAAACGAAACCAAAUGAAUCAAUGCAAUGGAUUUCAUAUGUGACGACGGUCGAAGCUAAAUGAUGUGUACAUAAAAAACAGACGAUGGAAGAUAAUCAACAAUUAACUGAACCCGAGAAACAACAACAGAAAGAAAGCAAAAAUGAGAGUAUAUAUUACAAAUAAUAAUUAUAGCAAUUUGUGCAACAUAGCUUUCGGCAAGCCAAGAUAGAAAUAACACAACAAUAAUAACUUUCCACAAUUUAACCAAAAUAUAGCAAAAUUCUUUCUGGCAUUUCUACAGCAUAUGUUUAAUUAUUCAAUUCGCGUCUUAAAUUUUUGUAAUUAAAAAAAAACUCACGAAAUGUAUUUGAUUGUCAAUGUAAUGUUAAUGUAUGUCUGAAUUUGUAAUGCUCCAACCAAUACAAACAGAUCAAUACAACAUUUUGGUUUGCUGAAAGCCGUGUCAAGUGGUUGUGUAAAAUGAAACAAAAUUAAAUUAACAAAACAAUAUAAAGCAAAAAAAAAAAACAAACAAAAUAUGAAACAGCAAAGCGAUUUCGCAAACAAAACCGACAAACAAAGCUAAUUUGUGCAAUAAUGAAUCAGUAUAUAUAUUUCAUAACAAACAAAAGAAAACAAAAAACUGACUAACUGAUGAAACCACAAUUAAACCUGAAACAAAAACGCGAAAUUAUAAAACGGGGUACCACAUGAACAUAAUUAACACACGACGACACCAAACAGACCCCAACACAUUCUAAAUGAGAACUAAAAAUGCAAAUGAAAAACAAAACAAAAAUGACUAGCAAAAAUAAAAAGCUUUUAGCAAAUGAA